AUGAUAUCUCGUUCUUCAUCCUCGCUCCGUCCACUGCUCAACAGCGUCCGAUCUCCCGCUCGUCUGCGUCGAUGUGGUCCAUCUCGAGAAAUCCCUGACUGGCACUCACGAUCAACACAACAGCGAAUACGUGGAUUCCAAAAUAUCCUAGCGCCAAAUCCAGACUCUACAGAUACGCCGAAUUUAGCUAUCAAUAAACUUACACCGAGGGGAUUCAUCUUAUCUGAUAAUUUGGUUAUCCCAGGAGGAGUCAUAUUCCAUUCCGGACGUGCAAUCUUAUGGGAUGUUGAUCCCCCUGAAGCUGGUAAAGCCACUUUGGUCGAUAUGUGGAAAGGCUGGGAAGCAGAGAGGUUCAGAGCGUUGGAAGUAUUGGUUCCGAGACCUGAAAUACUACUAUUUGGCACGGGACAAACAGCUAUACCCGCUCCCAAAUCAAUACGCGAUUACAUAUCUAGUUUGGGUAUACAACUGGAUGUCAUGGACACGAGAAAUGCAGCAUCGACAUAUAACUUACUGGCGGAAGAAGGCAGGACAGUAGCUGCUGCUUUGUGUCCACUGAAUCCUAUCGAUCCUACAACUGGUGAACCUAGAUAA